AUGGCCAUGGAGGAGUUCUUUCAUUUAGUUGGCCAGAUUUGGGACUAUGCCCCUGAGAUAGUGGAUGUAGGGAUGACUAACGAGUUCGCAGGACUGUUCACAGUGUGUGCAGUGGACAGGAUAUCGGAUCCAGCUAAGAUGAUUCUGGCUUUUGAUGACGAUGUAGAGAGUGAUGUUUGUGAUGAUAUUGGGUUAAGUUUGCUUGCAUUGCAGGCUAAUGCCCAACAAGCCACCGAUGUGAGGGCAACAUAUAAUCUUUAUAAUCCUCAGAAUAUUGGGUGGGAUUUGAACACUGCAUCCAUUUACUGCACCACUUGGGAUGUAGAUAAGCCCCUUGAUUGGUGCAUGAAAUAUGGUUGGACUGCCUUCUGUGGACCUGUUGGCCCAACCGAACAAGCUUCUUGUGGCAAAUGUUUAAAUGUGACAAACCCGCGAGACACAAAAGCAGAGACGACUGUGAGAAUAGUUGAUCAAUGUUCCAACGGAGGGCUUGACUUGGACGUUAAUGAAUUCAACAAGAUCGACACCAAUGGCAAAGGAUAUAAUGCUGGUCAUCUGCAGGUGGAUUAUCAGUUUGUUAACUGCUAGACACAAUAUAAUAGGGGCCC